UUUUGAUGUUACAACGAGGACUACGGGCUCUCAAGCGUUGGGACUUUGUGGAUUUACAGCCGAACGAACGCAAGGAUAGAACAACCGAUCUCGUGUGGGAAUACAACCGUCGGCUAAAACAAAAAAAAUAACCCCCCCCCUCCUCCUCCCCGGUCCGCCUGCAAGCAUGUUCGAUCGAAUCAUCGUCUGACAUUUUGAUUUGAGGAACGGUGCACGCCAACGUCGCGGGGCUAACGUUAACGGAGCUUUUGUUUUGCCAGCCCCCCCCCCUCCCUCGCUUUGCACAUGGAAGUGAGUCGUCAUUAGCCGACGCUAAGGUUCAACUGUUAGCAUCCGCUUUAGCUUGUCGCGCGCCGGCCUCCGGAGGUCCGUGCCGCCGUGCGACGGCCGAGCGGCGUUCACGCGAUGAAAUGAGCCCGAGGCGUGACGUGACGUCCGCGGCCCGGCGCCGCUAGGUUGUGUGCGCUUCCUGCGGGGCGGCGCUCGGCUCGGCCAUCGAAGAACCGGGACUUGCGCCAGACGGCGCCUCUCGCAAGGACACACGGCCGUGUGCGCAGGAAGGCCCUAGGCCCGCUGCCGUCCCCGGUUAGCUGGCAGCAAAGGCCCCGGGCUUUCCCGACAGACGAUUAAACGACGAACUCUAAAAACCUCGUUUUCACCUGAGGGGUUCCCCUCCCCCUCUUUCCCCCCCCCCCCGGAAGAAUCGUAAGAUCUGUCGCACGGGACUGUUCGGGGUGUAUCGGAUCUGUGUUGCCGAACUGUUCAGAACUGUCGAGACGCCACUCAAUGGUGUGCUCGCCCCCCCCCCCCCGUCUCGACGUUUUUCCUCUGGAAGUGACCAAGGACUUUGCCCCCCCCCCCUCUCCCCCCUCUCCCCCUCUUCUUUCCCCGACAUUGCGAGUUUUACCCCCCCCCCCCACUUUCAAAGCACUUGUCUUGUCCGAUCUAUUCAGUGGUUUUCCACCGUCGUAUAAAGAAGGGAUGGUUUAAACACGUAGCAAUUCCCAGAUUUCUCUUGAUUAUUGUCCAGUGUUUAGCGCUGUUAAAUGUGAUAUACAGAGAAAGUGUGUUCCCCCCUCCCCCCUCUCUUGUUUUUAGUAAAGUGAGUACUUAGUUUUGUAUAUAUAUAUAUAUAUAUACAUACAUAUAUAUAUAUAUAUAAAAACACAAACACAAAAAAAUGUCGUGUGUUCACUAUAAGUUUUCUUCCAAACUGGACUACAACACAGUGACGUUCGACGGGCUGCACAUCACGCUCAGCGAGCUGAAGCGGCAGAUCAUGGCCCGCGAGCGGCUCAAGGCCACGGACUGCGACCUGCAAAUCACCAAUGCCCAGACGCGAGAAGAGUACACGGAUGACGAUGCCCACAUCCCCAAACACUCCUCAGUGAUUGUCCGGCGUACUCCCAUUGGUGGGGUCAAACCCGCUGGCAGGACGUUCAUUGUAGAUCGUUCUGACACAGCCGUGGUGGGAUCUUCUAGACCAACUGAUUCAUCUCCCUCUUUGUCACUGGCCCAGCUCUCCAAGACUGCUAACCUGGCUGAAGCAAAUGCAUCAGAGGAGGACAAGAUUAAAGCCAUGAUCUCUCAGUCCAACCAUGACUAUGACCCAAUACAUUACUCCAAGAAGGCAAUCGGACCGCCACCUGCGCACUAUACCUGCUACCGCUGUGGAAAGGCUGGCCACUACAUACGGCAAUGCCCUAUGCAAAUGGACAAAAGUUUGGAGGGUCCCAAGCCAGUGAGAAUCAGUAAGGGCAUUCCUCAGAGUUUCAUGGUCAAAGCGGAGCCUGGAACUAAAGGAGCCAUGUUGACCAGCACUGGAGAAUACGCCAUCCCUGCCAUAGAUGCGGAGGCGUAUGCAUUGGGAAAGAAGGAGCGUCCCCCGUUUGUCCCCCGUGACCAGUCAUCCUCUGAGGAUGACUCUGAUCCAAUCCCUGAUGAAUUGUUGUGUCCAAUUUGCAAUGACUUGAUGACUGAUGCUGUGGUCAUACCCUGUUGUGGAAACAGUUACUGUGAUGAGUGUAUCAGAACCAGCUUGCUGGACUCGGAGGAACACGUCUGCUUCACCUGCAAACAGUCUGACGUUUCACCUGAUAAUCUCAUCGCAAACAAGUUUCUUCGCCAGGCUGUGAAUAACUUUAAGAAUGAGACGGGCUACAAAAAACAUGGGCGCAAGCAGCAGCACCAAACUGCCCUGCCCCCACCUCGCCCUCAGCCAGUCAGGACUCUGCCCUCAAGACAGCAGGAUCCACUAUUGGCCAAUGCCUCUCAACCUCCUGCUGCCAGUGUCCCUGUCACCCCAGCUCUUCCAGCACAGGUCCUGCCUACCCAGCCUGCUGCUGCUCCUGCGAUAGAACAUGAAGUUUCACCAGCACCUACACCUGCCCUUGACCACCAGUCUCCGGUGAAUUCAGCUAAUCAGAGUGAACCACCACCACCUGGUGAGAUUGACCUGGAACCCUCUGUAACAACAGAAUUAUCUGCAACCUCAGACAUUGGAUUACCAGGUUACCAUCUUACUGUGAUUGGCCUUCCACCACCUCCAAGACCCCCUCACCCUCCAGGUCACCAGCCACGUCCCCACCACUCGCACAGAGGAGGGCCCAGACACUGGGACAGGCCAUACCGACCUCGAGGAGAAAACCCACCUCCUCCUCGCCUGCCAACAGUUCCACCACCUGGCCCUGCCCCCCCAGUCUAUCAAACACCCACUCUAUAUCCACCACCCCCACAGGCAUAUCCUCCCCUUUACCCCUCUGGCCCUGGUCUUGUUCCUCCACCGGCAGUCAGUUACCAGCCCCAGCCUCUCUACCCCCCUGGACCCCCUGGAGUAAAUCCCCCCUGGAUCCCUCCUGGUGCCCAGCCCCCUCUUGGGCCCCUGCCCCCCUCCCUCCCCCAGCCCCCCCUCUCAAAGGAUGACUACUACAGGCGGCACCAUCAUCCAGACGAAGUUACCUCCAAACUGGAUGAGUUCACUAAAGACUUCCAUAAAGAGCUGAUGAAGUAUAGAAAUGCCCCCAGGAGACGAAGGAGGUCUUAUUCCAGGUCCAGGUCAUAUAGUCGCUCGCCAUUCAGUCGCUCUCCAUACUCCAGAUCCAGAUCAAGAUCCAGAUCUUACUCUUACUCCCUCAGUCGAUCCAGAUCCCGCACACGCUCCCGUGGCAGAUCUUUCUCUCGGUCCCCUUUUUCACGGCGGAAUGGUCGCAGUUAUGGGCGCUCACGCACACGGUCCCGCAGUCGCUCAAGGUCUUUUGGCUAUCGGCGCUCAGGCUCACCACGGUCUCCUCCCCCCUAUCGAGCAGGGGGAGCCUGGGAUGGAGGAGAAGGCGCUGGCUCUUACAGGUCGCGUUCUCGUUCCCCUGGUGGAUACAGAAGCCGUAGCCCUGGUGCCCGUAAGCCGCCACCCCGGGAUCCAGGGCCCUAUGACAUGAAGGGCCAGAGUCACGAGCUGUCCCCUGGAGGCCAUGAGCGCUGGGAAAGAGACAGCUACAGGGAAUGGGAGAGAGAGUACAGAGACUGGUAUAACAAGUACUACAAAGAUUAUGACAACCAACACACAUCACUUCAUCACCGAGGUCGUGGCAGCAGGGAAAGGGAGAGGGACAGACUCUCCCCAUUGUCUAGAAAUUACUCUCCACAGGGGAGGGGUAGGAGAGGCAGAGAUGAGAGAGGGCCCCCAUCACACCAUCACCCACCUUCAUCUUCAGGUUCAAAGACCAGUGGAAAAGCUCUGAAACCUAAGAAAGUAAAGAAGAAGAAGGGGGAUGAGCAAGAGCCAUCUCACCAGUCAAUGGACAGGGGUGAUGCCACACCUGUUCGAGACGAACCAAUGGAUGAUCUCCCCAAUCUUGCCAAAACACCACCUACCUCCUCUAAACCUCCCACCAGCACUGCAACCGUAAAGGCUGCAUCAACAAAAAGCAGUGCUGUACCUGGUAAGAGUACACUCAAAUCAGGAAAGACGCAUUCGGAGAAGAGCAAGAAGGAGAAAGGUCAGAAGGUAAAAGUUAAACCAAAGACAGAGGUUGUGAAGGCCAAAGGUGACAAGGUGAAGAAGAAGACGGGAGACGGAGCCAUGGUCAAAAAGGGAGAGUCCUCAUCCUCUUCUUCAGCCCCCAAACCCUCUAAGUCCACCAAGAUCAAAACAGAUGAUGUAUCCAACCCUGCUGCCCCGAAGAAGGACAAAGGCAAAAGUACGGUUGUGCGGCCUGGUCUGCUUAAGACUCCUCCACUGUCCUCGCGCACUCUGCCCCUCCCUCACCCCUCUCACCACGAUGGUCCCAGACUUGUCCCUGAUAUUAGGGGGAGACGAGAUCUCCCCCCACCUGGUGGUCUCCUUCCCCAGCUGUCACACCAUGGAAUGCAACUCCUCCACCAUGUCUCCUCCCACAUGGACAAGCGCAGGAGGAUGGGAGAGGAAAGGUGCGGUCUGCUGCCAGCUCCCCCUGGAAAGUUGAGGAGAUUGGAAGGGAUGGGGGGAGAAGUAGAUACCCUGUCUCACCCUCACAUCCCUCUUCAGCCCCAGCUGCAGAGAGUUCCAGUCUCCUUGGAGCGACCAGGUCUGCUUCCCACACCAGGGAGCCGUGAAAUGGGCCGGGGGGACUCGGAUAGGGGGUCCAUCAGACCUCUCAUGGACCUUCAGGUGAAGCCUCUGGCCCAGAGGAGGAUCAAACUUAACAGAGACCUGGGGAGGAAGGGCAGUGUGGAGGCAGCCGGUUCAGACAGAGGAACCCCCGGGCUGGAAAGGACGAGCGGGACCUUAGACAGAUCAGCCCCUGUCCCUGCCGUAGACGGAUCCAGCAGAACAGCCGAGGGUGGAAGGAGAGCGAGAUCGGCAUCGGGUGAUAGAGGAGGCUCCAGAGAGAGACGAGGGAGCACAGGGGAAAGGGUAUCUGGCACAGAGAGGGAGCGGGACAAGACCUCAGGGUCGGAGAGGGAUAGGGAGAGAGACAGGGUCUCUGGGCCGGGAUUGGAGAGGGUAGCGGUGACUGUGGAGCGAGAUGGGGCAGAAGGAGAGCGAUCUGUGAGGACAGACAAGAAGAACACAAAUGGGGGCAGUGGUGGUGGAGGAGGUAGUCGGUCGGUGUCUCUAGACAAGAUGACUAUCAGAGAAAGGUCUUCCAUCACAAGAAGACCAGUGGACCAACAGGAGAAACCAGGCGCAGCAUCCCAGGAGAAAGGAGGAGAUGGGUCAGAAAAAGCCGUCAAAGUUGACAGGGCGGUAUCCAAGGACAGAGGAGAGAGAAGCAUGUCCUCAGGAGAGAAAUCAACAGGCUCUCACAGGGAAGAAGUAAAAGCUGGUGAGGAGUCCGUUAAGAGCAGAACCAAGAUCAAUCGCAAGACUCUGACACGUCAGAUCCCGGGCCCUUCAAGCAGUAGGCCAGCAGAGGAGACCAGGCAGGACUCAAACCAGGACCAGAGGGGUACCGGCUCUAAACCCGCAGCUCAGCCUCUGCGUAGCCCCUCUAGCAGCCGCAACCACAGCCCGAGCCCAGAACCCAGCCCAAUCAGAGAGGAGACCCUCAUCCAGCCCCCUCCUCGCUCCAAGUGGGAGAGAGAGGAUGAUGAAGAGGGACAGGAGAAUGGACUGGUUGUGUCCCGGGAGAGAGAAGCCUUACCCAUACCACCCAGGGUCAGAGGCAGAGAUGUGCAGCAACCUGAAGCAUCCAAACUCACCAAGGGUGAAAGGCGAGAAGGAACAAAGGAGGAGAGGAGAGGAGCAGGAAGGGAGGAGAAGAAAGGUAGAGGAAUGAGGGAAGAGGCUAAAGGGCACAGGUUGUCACACACAGAUCCUAGCAAAUCGGUUAAGGCCAAAACGCUGAGGGAGGAGGGCAGGGGAGUGAGAGAAGAAGGGCGAGUUGGUGUGAGGGAGGAGGGUAGAGGAAGUGGAGGGAGAGAAGAAGGGAGAGGCGUGACGGUUAAGGAGGAGAGGGCCGCUGAUGGGAGGAGCGGGGGGUUACGAGAAGAUGGCCACGGCCCUGACGCUAGGAGACCGCGUCUGUGUUCAGACCUGGGCCGUGAGACCGACGAGGCAGCCUUCGUCCCCGACUACAGCGAGGGAGAGGGCUCGGAGCCAGAGAGAGGGAGAAGUGGCAGCCACAGCCUUGACUCCCACAGCCAUGGCUCCCACAGCCCUGCCCCCAGCUCGGAAAAUACCGGCAACGCUGGCGAGAAGAAGAAGAAGAAACACAAGAAGCAUAAAAAACACAAAAAGCACAAGAAGCACAGCAGCCAAGAUAGAGAGACGGACCACAAGGAACACAAACAUAAACACAAGAAGAAGAAACAUAAAAAGAGCAAGGAUAAAGAUACCGAGGAGGGAGGAGAACGGACCGACAGGCCAGAGGAUGAUAUGCUUUGCUAGCUUGCAGUAAUUAUCUGUCUGAGCUAAUAACGUGCUGCUGGCUAAGAUCUGUGGUCUUCUUGAAACACAGGAAUAUCUACCACAGUUGACGUGCUUUACCGUAGAUGCAGUAUAGGUUGGACAAAAUAGCAAAAAAAAAAAAAACUCUGAAAUGUCCAUGACCUUGCGAGAGGUCAGGAGGUCUGUACAGCCGGUAUCCCCAACCCACUAUGUUACGACACUUCUCUAAAUCGGAUAUGGUACUUUGUUGGAUCAGAAUUGCAAUCUUGAUACAGACACUGAGGUUUCUUGUCGCUACUCCUUACAACUGUUUUGAUCGAGCAAGGCAUGCAGGAAGAGGGUUUCGAUAUUCAACAGUCACACUGCAGUGAGUCUUAAGUGACUGCAAUAAUGACCUCUGUUCUAAGGGAUGUGAUUGUUCUCUUCUAAACGAGAAAUGUUUUUCAUUCAUUUGGAAGUAGGUGAUCUGUCCCACCUUGUACUUUUUAUUUUUUAGGUUGUCUCAGUCACAUCCCUGUGUACCGUUGCAGAUUAUUCUAAAUCAGUAAACUUAACCCCCCCCCCCCCCCCCCCGAGCUUGAUGUUCUGAAUCAGUUUAUCGCUGUGGAGGCCCUUCUGAGCACCUUAAAUUGAAUCAGAUCUUUUGGCAUACGUGCUGCAUUCAUAUUACACUGGAUUGUAUAAUCUGGGAUGUGUCUGUUAGUAAUGGCAAAUCAGUCUGCAUGUUUUUUUGUUUUUUUUUUUUUUUUUUUU